AUGAACAUUCAUAUCAAGAUGGACGAUAUCGAAUCCAACAUCACAUCCCCACCGGCUGCGCUGACCCAGCAGGUCCAGCCACAAAUCCAGACCGUGCAGCAUGGCCAAUACCCAUGGAUACCGGCGGAACACACGCAGUUUUACAACCACUCUCUGCACGUACUGAGUGUUUCUGGAAACCUGCCGGCUGCGGAACCCCAGCAACCCGAAUACCCGCAAAUACGGGAGAUGGAAAUCGCCCUCGAGCACGCCGAGUGGUAUGACGAGACCUACGAGUCCAUUGUCGCAGUGCAAAGUGAUCUAACCUCAGAAGUGAUUUAUCCGUCUCUCAUGAUGGCACAGGAGAUCAGAGUGACGGCUGUUGGAACCGCACUCAAUACAGAGGCAUGCGGUGGAAUCCCGCCGCUCCCCUAUUCGGCUGAGGAGUGUGUAGAAGGCCAGCCGCCCGACUAUGUCGCUGAGGCGUGGUGGACUGGCUACGACGAUACAGAAGAAUGGUUUGCAAGUGAGCUGCCCCUUUCAGACCAGCGUCCACGCCCACGCAUUGAUCCUCAAGAGUCCGUCGGUAAGCUCGAAGAAGUCGACAUCACCAUGAUCGCACCUGAAGACAUGAAGUGCCUUCACUGCUGGGAUGACUUUGAGCACACAGAGGUGGAGACGGUCGAGCUUUGA